AUGCCCGACAUUACGCUGAAAAACCAGCCGUUCGACCUGGCCUUCCACCCGUCCGAGCCGGUCCUCUACUCCUCCCUCCUCACCGGCGAGGUCAAGGCAUGGCGCUACGACGACACGACGGGCGAGACGGAGCGCGCAUGGACCGUGCGGCCGACCAAGAAGACUGCGAGGGCCCUGGGUGUUGAGGGGGACGGCAAGUCGCUGUGGGUUGGUGGCAAGAGCGGAAUCUUGUGUGGGGACAGUCACGUUCGAGAAGGAAGCAGCACACGAUUCUGGGACAGUCGCAAGCCAGGCGACGCCAUCCGCACCUACACGCAGCAUUACGACUACAUCUCGGGCUUUUCCUACUUUGAGGACAAGCGGCAGCUCGUCACGACAUCGGGCGAUGGGCACCUGUCGGCUAUUGACAUCCGGUCGUCCAAGGCCGAGCCGCUCACGGUCAGCGAGGACCAGGAGGACGAGCUGCUGUCCAUCGCGCCCAUCAAGGGCGGGAGCAAGGUCGUCGUCGGGACAGGGCUGGGCAUCCUGACCGUGUGGAACCGCAAGCUCGGGUGGGGCGACUGUGUGGACCGUAUCCCUGGCCACCCGGCAAGCGUCGACGCGAUCGUGGCGCUCACCGACGACUGUAUCGCCACGGGCUCGGAGGACGGCCUCGUGCGCGUGAUGCAGAUCCAGCCCAACAAGUUCCUGGGUGUCAUUGCCACGCACGACGAGUACCCCAUCGAGCGGCUCGCCCUCGACCGCAACCGCAAGUGGCUCGGCUCGGUCUCGCACGACCAGUGCAUCAAGCUCACCGACGUCGAGGACCUGUUUGUCGACAGCGACGACGAGGACGCGGCCAUGGAUGACAACGACGACAGCGACGACGACGACGAGAUGGGCGCUGGUGCCGAGGCGGCUGACGACGCCGAGGAGGACGAAGACGACGAAGACGCAGAGGAGGCCGCCGACGAGGACGACUCUGACGUCGAGAUGAAUGACGAGGAGGAGGAAGAGGAAGAGGCACCAAAAACCAAGCUCAGCAGGCGUGGCCAGGGCAUCCACCAUGCCAAGCACGCAAAGGCCGAGCCCGAGGACACGGGCUUCUUUGACGACUUAUAA